CAACUAUUUUACAUAGAACUGAACAUUUGUCGUGAUUGCGUAAUUUACGAGUAUAACAAGUAUGUUAUAAGUGUUUUAAAAGUGAAGUGAAAAGCGGUGUGGAACAGAGAUAACGAAUUAUAAACAACUAUCAAAAUACACGUUUCAGUGCUCAACGGAUCGUGACAUUGAAAUACAGGACUAUACGAUUGAUUAUAGAGUGAUUUUUUUAGUAAGAUUGACAAAAGUUAGUACUUUUAGUACUGUAAGUACAGAAGAAUGUCAACAACGAAUUUACAAUACCCAAUUGAAUUUUGUCUCGUGACAACAUAUUUAUGGACGCGAUAUGCAGAUUUUAUGACGCUGAUGUAGAAUACAGAUGGAUACAAAUGGUACAGAAGAAGACCCCCAGGCUUCCUUGCCAACCAAUGGAGUGGGUCAUAUUAUCAUAACGAACAUAAAAGAACAAAAGGUCUUUAUAAUGGAGGACCCAGUGUUUAUGGCUAUUACCGGGGUGAUCCUUUUCAUUGGAAUUUUGUUUCUAGGGAGGGAAAUUAUUAGUAGAAUUAAAAAUCGGCAGUACAGACACCAUAGACAAACCAGGAGGGGAGAUCACGAAAGCGAACCAGCAGUAUCACCAUCACCGACUCCAUUUUCCGAUGACCCUCCACCUUAUCCAGGAAAAUAUUCCAAAACCAACAUCAAUUAUCUCCCCUCUUAUGACUCCGCAAUCAAAAUGGCACCCGAGUUGCGGAUGUGCAGUAUCAAUGAAAUGACUCCACAAUCGGAAUUUUCUGUCUUGGAUGAGAGUGUUGGUUUAGACCAUAGCGAUCAUAUGAACAAUGAAGAGACAGAAAAUGAUUCGGUCUCUAACCAAGUGUGCCAUGAACUUUUGACAAAUCGAGAGUGUGAACCUAGAACAGAUGAUCAACAGGUGUUUAGUGAAGAAACUGAACGUUCCCCACGUCAGACAUCUAUAUGUGUUGAUGGAAUAACUUUAAAUCCCAGAAGGUCCAGUGAUGAAGAGAAUAUAUAAUUACAUGUGUAAUACAAUCCAACUCUUACAAUAACAGUUAAAAUAAUGUGGACCUCCCCAUAUUUAAAUCUAAAUGCUUUUGGAUUAAGUACUUGCAUUACAUACGGUAUUGAAUUGGGAAACAUCAAGGUACAGAAUAAAUAAAAUGAAAUGCAUA